CAUAAACCCCAGGAAGCAGCUUUAAAGGUGCAGCCUGGCUUUCGAGAGCUUGAGCUUUCAAUUUCAACAUUAUAUUAAAGAGCAGGAGGGACUGAGCGCCUGGGAGAGGGGCAGGCAGAUUAAAUAGAGGAUGAAUCAGAGAGAGAGGCACAGAGAUUAAAGUGCCCUGUUGGGUCCCAUCUAUUCCCCCACUGGAGAGCCAGGGCAGCUCGUCUCCUGCAAUCUAUUUGCCAUAGUUGAAGGGCCCCAAGUGAUGUGGUUCCGACGACCUAAGGCCAAUGUCAGCUCCCACACGGCACGUGCGUGCCACAGUGACGGGGGAGGCCGGAGGGCUGGAAGAGAACAGGCUCCCUCCCACCCACACCCCGGUCCACGUGCCCGCUCCCACCGGCGGGCGCCCACGGCAGCCCUCCCGGCCACACGGGCACCCAGCGGCCGCACGCCCCGUCACCGCCACCUGCGGGGCCGCCCAGAGCCACACGCAUGGCCCCGCGGCGCUGCCGCCUGAGGAACGGCAACAAGCGGCCCUCUGGAGGCUGCGGGGCUCCGAAGCCCAGGCGAUGCCGCGCAGCUCCGUGCAGGCUCGGAGGGAGGGUGGGAGUUGGGGAGGGACUUGGGAGGAGCCCUCGGCUCAUGAAACAGAGCUGCAAAGCAGGCAGGGCAGCAUUCACAUGGCCCGAGAGCAGCCCGCGGGAGCAGGAGGGGCAGAGGGGCCCCAGAGCAGCCGGUGCAGGAGCAGGAGGGGAACCUGUGCGAUGGGAUUGAACAGGGCAGAGGUGGUGUCAGUGUCCCAGGACUAAGACAGCUUGGACUUGCAUCUCAGCUGUCAAGGUCCCUUGUCUCUGAGCACCCCGCGUCCCAGGCCACCUCGGGCGCUCUGUAACACUGGCUUCCCCUCUCCUGGCCACUGACCACCACAGCCUCUCCCAGGGCUACGCUGCUGCAGUUGGAUCCACGGGUGCUGUGUUUGGGACGCUUGGGUCCUGGGCUGUGGCCAGCGUGAGGGCUCCCAGGAGUGCCACAGCCAGGCGAUCUCUGCAUGUCUCCAGCUCCAGGAUCUCUCGCAGGGACCAGUAUGUUUGUUUCCGCUGGGACACGGGACUCUUCACUGGGGCAAAACUGAGGAGGCAAAACCAGCGAUGCAGCUUCUCAGCAGUUUCCUGAAGCUUCUUGUGGCUCUUGUGCUGCAGGCAUCACACACUCAGCAGUGGGACAGGUUCAGCAGAAACAGCACCUCAGAAGGGCAAGUCCUGCCCUUCCAGGAGGUUUGGGGCCGCAGCUUCUGUCGGCCCUUGGAGAUGCUGGUGGAUAUUGUGUCCGAGUACCCCAGUGAGGUGGAGCACAUGUUCAGCCCUUCCUGCGUCUCCCUGCAACGCUGCACCGGCUGCUGCGGAGAUGAGACACUGCAGUGUGUCCCAGUGGAGACGGCCAAUGUCACCAUGCAGCUCCUGAAGAUGAAACCAGCAGGGCAGGUGCCCUACGUGGAACUGUCCUUUACAGAGCACAGGCAGUGCGAGUGCAGGCCUCGGCGGGAUACACUGAAGUCAGGAAGGAGGAGACCCAAGGGCCGAGGCAAGAGGAAACGAGAGAAGCAGCGACCUAAAGGCUGUGAUCUAUAUGCCAUUCCUCGCAGGUAAUCAUCUCAGCAGAAGAGGGCAGCGCCUGUAUUUAUUACCAAGUCCUCUAACUGCCUAUAUGUAUGUGCCAAUUGCAUUCUUGACUGAACCUUGUGGGACUUGUGACUACUUGCACCUAUGAGCUGUGACCCUCCGAGCAGACAAGAAGCGGUGAAGCAAGCGACAGGACAGGAGCAUGGCCGCUUUUGCCGGAGAGGAUGACCUGGACUCUUGCUUGGCCACCUGCAGGGAUACAGCUCCAGGACCAGGGAAACUCAGCUGCAAGAGAGGCAGUCACCACUUAGCCUGACCUGCCCCUGCCUUAAGGGCCUUUCCAGGAAUCUCUGCACAGUUAACAUUAGUGGUUAAAGGAUCCAGGGACCAGAUUCAGGACUGAAAAGCUUCAUAAUGAGGCUCAACAGGUCCAGGGCUUUGCAUUCAACACUCAACCAGAGGACAGUGGGGGACAAGCUCGGCCAAACAUGGGAAUGUUUUUGUGACCCCUGCAGCUGAAGGAGUAUUCUAAAGUGCUGAGGGUGCAGCAGGAUAGGACAGAACCUCAGGGAGGUGCCAGCCCAGGGGCUGCUGCAUUGGGAACAUUCCCUGUUGUUGUCACCCACAGGAGUCUUGUGUUGUCACCUUCACCUUUGCAGAGCAACCCUUCCCUGAGCUGUCAGCUGGCGAAGGGGACCACACAGUCAUGAAGGAAGGAAACCUGGUCCCUGGGGGGUACUCCAGUGGGGUGUCUGUCCAGCUCCCUGCACAGGAAAGACGUGGAAAAGCUGCAGUGAGCGGGGCUGGCUUGGGACCUAUCUGCUCUUGGAGUUCCCUGGGUGGGAUAGAGAAUCUCAGGUCAACUGUAUUACAGAGGGAAUCAUGACACCCCAGCAUCUGGGCUGCAGCAGGUUCCUGGGAACCCUCCCCUGGCUGCAGUGUACCAAUUUUCAAGCCAAGUCUUUCUGAAUAAAACCUUACCAUAGAGAAAUCCA